AUGUAAGAUUUUAAAAGAACUAAACUUGAGAGUUCUUGUAUUAAUAUUUAAAUUCACUUAUAUUAGAUAAUUCUUAAAGAACAGAUGAUUUUACAAUCAUUAAUUGCCAACCAAGUUUUUAUAAAUAACCUUAGUAAAAAAUUACUUAAUUUGAUGAGCAAGCAAGUGAAAUAUCUGAAUAUCAAGAAAAGUAUAUGUUUAAUUAAUCUAGCAAAUCGAUUUCACAUUAAUAGUAAUUGCCUAUUAUUUAGUAAAAUAUUUAAAAAUCAGAAUAUGAAUCCUAAAUUUAUGAAUCAAUUGUAGAUUCAUAACCAGGAUCGGAAAUUAAAGCUCUAAUUGAAUAGAAAAAAAUCUAAGAUUAGAAACCAGUAUUAUAAUGAUAAAAAUAGAUCUAUUUAAAUAUCAUGGUUGUUGGUUAAUCUGGAUUGGGGAAAUCGACAUUUAUUGAUGUUUUAUUAAAAAAAAAGCUUGGAACUGGACAAAUUAUUAGAGAUUCUACUCUUUAAAUAUAAGAAAUUUAGGGUAACUAAUUGUUUACAUUUUAAAGGACAAAUCUAAAUUAACGAUUUUACUUUAAACAUUAAAUUUAUUGAUACUCCAGGUUUUAGACAUUAAUAUGGUCUCAAAGCAUGGUUAAAAUUACUUUGUAACUAUAUUCAUAAUCAAUUUCAUACAUAUAAAUUAAGAUAGACUUAAUAAUAUGAGAGCAAAGAAAAAUUUUAAUAAUUAUCUUAAUAAGAUUUAGAUGAAAGAGUUCAUGUUUGUUUUUACUUUUUUUCAGGUCCUAGAAUUUUAGCAGAAGAUUUACAAGCAUUAAAAAAGAUAAGUGAAAUUGUGAAUGUGAUUCCUAUCUUAGCAAAAGGGGAUUCAUAUACAAAAAAUGAAAUUAUAUAAUUGAAACAACAGUUCAAUGAUCUAAUAAAUGAAUAUCGUAUCGAUUUAUUUAAAUUUCAAUGCAAUAACACAUCUCCAGAAAAAAGUUAAUUUGGUGUCACUCCACCUUAUGUUAUAAUCAGUUCAAUUGAAUAAUUUUAAGUAGGAAAUCAUUUGAUUUAUGGAAGGUACUUAAAAUUAUAAAUCCUAGAAAAUUUCCUUGGGGUAUAUGUGAUAUUUUUAAUCCAUAACAUUCAGAUUUAGCAAUAAUAUAUAAAUUAUUAAUUGGCCAUUAUUGUUUAGAACUAAUUAAAUUAACAGAAUAUCUUUACAACAAAUAUGAACAAAAAUAAAGAGAAAAAAUAAAAUCUUAAUAAUAGAAUUAAAAUUGGUUCAGAAGCUUGUUGCGCUUCUUUUUUAAUAUAUGA